AUGCCUCGACUUGUCCGCCGCCGCCCGCUCACCGAGCGCAUACUCUCCAAUCUGAAUCCAUAUGACUGGUUGCUUUGGCUUUCCGAGGAAUUCGAAGCUGGUGACUGGGACCAACUGGAAAAGAACUGGGCUUUGCCUAUUGGCAUUGCGCUCAAUGUGGUGUUCCUUAUCGCACGAGCAAAUAGCCGAUCGGGUGGCAGCAAAGCUUUCGACGAUGUGUUUGGCGACGACGACGGUGCAUCCCUGCGUGGGUGGCUUGCCUCAUUUAUUGUCCAUUUGAUGGCAUUCGCCUCUCUGGUCAAUGCAGCCUACACGUUCCACAAGAAGAGGCAUUAUCGCCUGUUCGAGAACUCUAUUGAUAAUAACCCGGCGACACCUUCUGCGCACCGGGUGCGCGUUGAUUCAAGCCCCAUGAUGCCGUCUCCUUUGCGGUAUAUCGCCAACGCCCUAUCAAAAGAAUCGGCGCAGUCGAGAGCACACCCCGAUGCACAACGGGAUGUGUGGGAGCUUGCAAUGUGGGAUCCGUCACCACUUUGCCUGCGGCUCUUUUGCUUGUUUAGCCCGGGGCAUGUAUUGGUAUACUGGCUGUUUCUACCAACACAGCUGUCUGAUCCACGCCCCAGCGUAACAAUUGUGACAACGAUUGUUCUGACAACUCUUCUGUCUGUUCAGAUGUCCUUCAUCUCUUCUUCAUAUACACAGCAAGCCAAGGACCAGAAGUUGGUACACAAGGAGGUCUUCAAAGAAUACGAAACCAAAUUCGUACAGCCCCGCACGCAUCCACUGAUGAGAGAUGUUGGUACACAGUUCUCAGAUCCGUAUGGUGCACCACCAAAGUCUGAGGGCGCAUGUAAUAGGGUCGAGACUUACACCCCGGCUGUCAUCAUCAACCGUGGGUUCAAGACCAGUCCCAAUCCAAACUACCUCAAGCACGUCGACCCAGAGGGUUUCACUCCAGUCCGCCAAUCGACCUCCUCUACUCCCAUUUCAUCUAUAUUCCAGGGUCCACCAACCCACACUCCGAGCAUGUCCCGAGAUGGGUCGCCGAUGGCUCGAAACAAUACUCGCACAACAAUGCGACAGCCGCAAUUCCGAUCAACGGCAACGACAACGGGCGAUGGAGGCAGCCUUGGCGUUUACAGCCAUGCAAACUCUCCAUUGAGGAAGUCUGCGACGACCUCUUUCGAUCGCCGUUUGCAAAACAAUGGGGACUUUGUGUACAAGGAGCGAGGUUCAACUCCUUUGAUGCGCAAUUCCAGUCCUCUGAAAAGAAGCAGCGUACCGGGAGGCAUGAACCCAGGUAGCCCAGCCACCAUCAAUAGAUCAGAUAGCCUGAACACCCGUCGAGAAACGGGGCGGUUCUGA